GCUGCAAUACAUUGCUUAAAAUCCCACCCCGGGGAAAUUCCACGAAAACUCGCCUCAGGCCGCGGCUUGACGCGAUCCCCAUUUCCGGAAUGGCGGUGGGUUGGAUGCUGCAGCAGAUAAGUGCGAGCCCUAAGGCGGGGUUCGGGCGUCGGAAAGGCGCGAAAGAGGAGUAGCACGAGAUAAGAAACCCUAUAAACGGGUACCUAUUUGAUCGACAUGCGCCCUCUUCAAGGGGCUCCCCCGGUCGCCCGCAUCGGAGAGACGUCAACGCCCAGCAUCGCUCCGUCCAUCGGGCAGGCAGGAAAGGCAUGUCGGCAGAAUCGUCACGAGCCGCCGAGGCGCGCGUGCCGGCCGAAGACCAGAUGGCGGCCAGGAGCGACACGGCCGUCGCCGACGACGACAUGGCCCGGCUGGUGCUGCGCAAGAUCGACCGGAACCUCAUCCCCGUCCUCUUCGUCACGUACAUGUUCAACUUCAUGGACAAGACCACCCUGUCGAGCGCGGCCGUGUUUGGGCUGCGCGAGGACAACGGGCUGCGGGGGCAGGACUACAGCUGGGUCUCGGCCGUCUUCUACUUUGGCUACUUCGCCUGGGAGUACCCGACCACCCUCCUCAUCGCCCGCCUGCCCGUGGCCCGCUACCUCACCGCCAACACCCUCUUCUGGGGCGCCGUCGUGGCCCUGACGGCCGCGUGCCGCAGCUACGGCGGCCUGCUCGCCGUGCGCUUCCUCCUGGGCGUCGCCGAGGCCACCAUCACGCCGGCCUUCAUGUUCAUCACGUCCACCUGGUACACGCGCGACGAGAUCCCGACCCGCACCGGCAUCUGGUUCUCGGGCAACUCGGUCGGCGGCCUCGUCGCGUCCCUGCUGGCCUUUGGCAUCGGCCACGUCCCGCGCGGCGACGGCGACGCCGUCGGCCCCUGGCGCGCCAUGUACGUCGUGCUGGGCCUGGCCACCUUCCUCUGGGCGCUCGCCGUCUGGCGCUUCCUGCCCGACUCCAUCGCGACCGCCCGCUUCCUCUCGACCCCGGCCGAGCGCCGGUUCGCGGCCGACCGCGUCGUGGUGGCCGGGACGGGCCGCACCGACGGCACGGCCUGGCGCUGGGCGCAGGCGCGCGAGUGCCUGGCCGACCCCAAGACCUGGUUCUUCUUCUGCCUCGGCGUCGCGUCGCGGAUGCCCAACGGCGGCACCCAGAACUUUGCCAACCUCGUCGUGCGCUCCUUUGGCUUCACGGCGCUGCAGACCACGCUCGUCAACAUCCCCUACUCGCUCCUGGCUGCCGCCUGGAUCGCCGGCACGGGCUGGCUGGCCGGCCGCCACCGCACCGCCAACUGCCUGCUCAUCGUCGCCGUCGUGCUGCCCUGCAUCGCGGGGAGCUCCGUCAUCUACGCCGCCAUCCUGCGCCGCGAGACGCCGUCCGCGUUCUCCAAGGGCGUGCGGAUGUUUGCCUACUUCCUCCUCGCCUCGGGCUCGGCCGCCAUGCCGCUGGCCAUGUCGCUCGUGCAGGCAAACUACCGCGGCGUGACCAAGAAGAUGACCGUCUCGGCCCUGCUCUUCGUCGCCUACUGCGCCGGCAACAUCGCCGGCCCCCAUUUCUUCCGCGCCGACGAGGAGCGCUCCGGCUACGGCACCGCCUUCGCCGCCAUCAUGGCCUGCUACUCCCUGGUCGCUGGCCUCGCCCUCGGCCUGCGCGCGUACCUGCAGCUCGCGAACCGCAGGCGCGCGCGCGAGGAGGGGUUCGUGGGCAGCGCCGGCGCCGCCGGCGCGGUCGGCGGUGGCGCCGCCGGGUCGUCCAAGGUAGCUGGGGCCGGAGAAGACGGGACGCGCGACGGGGCCGGCAAGACCGUGGCUCAGAUGGUGGGCGAGGUGGAGCUGAUGGCCGAGGACUACGAAAACGUGACCGACUGGGAGAUGGUAGGCUUUCGGUACCGCCUAUAAGGCUUCGGGACAAACCAGCCACUUUUGAACAUGUAAUCUGGUGGCAUGGCGAGAGGGCCUGGCUGUUCCAUUUUUCGCUCCUUUAUUAUAUGCUUCGUUGGGUCCGAUGGUUAAAUAGCUUUCACGAGCGGCCACAAACUCAUAACGCUAAUAUAAAUACUAGUACGC